ACAUAAACUACCCGGGAAAAAGGCGGUUGUUAUUAAGAAGUCCAAGUUGACGUUUCGAUCGCCGCAUGCUUAAGCCGUUGUCCAGUGAAGUGCAUUCACAUGCGAGCAAGCCAGCCAUCCAGCCAUCCAGCUCUACAAGGACAAUACGACACGGUAACGGACGCCCGCCCUUCGUUCGUGUAAACUAGAAGACAGGUGGCGACAGCGGCGUUUAUUGAUGGUGCCCUUCCAUCUGUGAUUAUCCACUGCCUAAGAGCGGACAGCGUUCCGCUCGCAAAAAUUUAUUCCACAGAGGCCGUCAAUCGAUGUUGUUGUCAGUUAGCUCCAAUAUGUGUUGCAUGUGAAUAGGUACGUUGAGUAGGGAACUGAGUAAGUGGUGAGAGUAAAAGUGGCGCCGAAGAUCGAGUAAACAACAAAGGUCAUCAAGAGAUAAGUGCAAAACUAUACGAAGAUAGAAAUAAUAGAACGGGAUCAGGCGUUCGGCACUGGCAAACAAGGAAGUUGUAGCAGAUCUAGUUGACAGGAGGUAAGUUAUAAGAUCGAAUACGGGAAAAGGAGAUGCGCACUCCGUAGCACCCUCGUCCGUGGCGCGGAGGGAUGCGUAGCAGACAUCACGCUCUGUGCCAUCAAUCGGUGUCCCAUACAACCGUCUUGUGCUUGUCGCCCACGUUGUUCUCACAGCGUCUUUGAAGCAGAAGUGGCUGAACGUUCGGUCAGCGACAGUAACAACAGCCAGACACGAUCACAACAAAAUGACUUCGUUGGACGGAGUCGGUGAAACAGCUGACGAUUCAGCGGGUUCAACAUCUGCAAGCGGUGGAGGAGACGGUGGCGGCAGUGAUGAAACAACAGCGGGGGGAAGCGCGUUCCGGUUAGUGACACCCCGCCUACAUCCCGUGUCUAUGACGACGACGACAACAACAACGAAGACGACGACGACGGCAACAACAGCUGCAACGCCAAUGGCAGUGUCAGCUCAGCCACCUACUCAAGCUUUAACGACUCCGCAUCGACAUCACCACAAUCACCAUCAUCAUCACUCUCAUAUCCACAGCAGCAGCAGUAGGCGAAGCAACACCGAAAGUGCUUUACCACCUCCGACAUCAGUGACCUCCGACGCCAAUGGAUUAACAUCGACGGUUUUUCACAGCGCGCCCACGUCACCAUUAUUCCGAUCUGGAUGGCCUGGUUUACUUCCUCCACCUUCAUUCUGGUCAGCGUUAUCUGCAUUGAAAUGCGUCGAUGGAGCCCCACCGCCCGCGGCGUUCUGGCCCCUGCUUGGACAAUUCUAUCAUCCUCCACACAAUAACAGCUCGACCCAAAUCACCGGUAUCGACAGCCUCGUAACCCAAUUCCGAGACGACUCGACAAACAUCUCAACUUUACAUGAUGAUGACUGUAGUCCAGGGCCACCUGAGUUACUCCCUAGUCCCGUGGUGCCUGAUACCUCAGAAGGGUGCGAUCCUGUUGACGGAAGAGAUUCUCACAGUUUGCCGGAUACUCUACUAGGCAAUAUAAACUGCGAAUCUAUCAAUCUGAAGCCUUUAAACCUAUCCAUGUCACCUAGUGAACUCAAGAAUAUUGUCCGACCAUGGUUACAUGAUAACGUUGAUGACCCGAUAAAUACGAAUUCAACAAACAGUAACAACAAUAACAACAAGCACAUCUCUCCCUUGACGGAGUCUAUUACGCCAAACGACAGCGCACCGAUGCUACAACACCUUAAUCAUAACAGGAACAGCAGCGUCAUUAAUAAGAACAACAACGACAAUGCAAACCAUAACACAAACGGCGUUAUUAGCGGCGUUAGUAAUGUCAGUCCGCUUCUGGCGUUCGACUACGGCGAGAUGCUGCGACGUGGCGGUGGCUUUCGGCCCACAACACUGCCAACGUUAACGACGACGACGACGACACUGUCCAGCUUGUCGAGCAGCCUUCCGAGUUCUGCUCUGCUCCUCGAGGAGCUUGGCCUGGCCCAUCACAACCAGCUGCAGCAGCAACAGCAUGCGACUCCGUCCGACCUCUAUUCUUACUGCGUCAAGUGCGACAAAAUGUUUAGCUCACCGCAAGGCCUUGAGCUGCAUGCACGAAGAGCGCACCUAGGCUUGAAUAUUGGAUCUUCAACCAGGACUGUCGUAAGACCCGGUUCGGAAGGCCGGCCUUUUGCUUGCGACCUCUGCGACAAAACCUUCAACCACGAGCUGGGUCUAGCCCAACACCGCGCCGUCCACUCGGCCGAACGAUCAUUCGAAUGCAAGCAAUGUGGCAAGUGUUUUAAGCGUUCGUCAACGCUAUCAACCCAUCUGCUUAUUCACUCCGACACGCGGCCCUAUCCCUGCGAGUAUUGCGGCAAGAGGUUUCACCAGAAGUCAGACAUGAAGAAACACACUUAUAUUCAUACCGGCGAGAAGCCCCAUAAAUGUGCUGUUUGUGGAAAAGCGUUCAGUCAGUCAUCGAAUCUAAUUACGCACAGUCGGAAACACACUGGGUUCAAGCCCUUCGCCUGCGACAUUUGCGGUAGAGCCUUUCAGAGGAAGGUCGACCUACGCCGACACAAAGAGACGCAGCACACGACGCAGGGCGGUGCUGGCGCAGUAGUCCUCGGAGCGGCUGCAGCCGCGGCCGCCGCCGCCGCCGCUGUCGUAGCUGGAGUAACUGGAAACGCCCUUGGCGUUGGGGCCUCUGGACAGCUUGUCCAUCUUGCCCACGCGCCACCUACUACAGGGCCAGAAGUGCUUCAGGUUCCACAUCCCGUGCCGCUUUCAUUGACCCUUUAGAUGCCCUGUGAUUAUAAUGUGUCCAGGGAAGCGUCAGGCAAAACGCAGGGAAACUCUCGGCUAUAGACAAUUUCUAAAGCGAAUAAUGUGGCAGUUAGUCAGGAGAUGUGAAUCUUACUGUAAUGUAUUUCAAUUCUUUUUACGCCGCCUUAUCGGGUGGGCUAUAAGCAAAAAGGAGAGGUGAAACUUUUCUCAUUAAACACAUGUCUAUUUGAAUUUUAAUAGAGCUCAAUGAAAAGAAAAAACUAAAUCCAAUGCCUUUUCUAACUACUCUUUCCAAUCUAUAGCGUUGCCAUUCGAAUGCUUUUCGAAGAACAAAAUCUCAUGGUCGUGUUAUGUGAUGAGGAAGAUGGAACGGCUGAUACGCAGCACCUAUUAUGGAUGAGAGUGUAUAUAAUGCCGGCCAAGUCGAUAAGAUCGAAUAAUCUGGAAAAGUUGAGAUAAAACAAAGGUAUGAAGGUUUCUAGUCUAGCUCUCUGUGCUCGUGUCUAUUUGAAUGUAAGUGUCAUUGAGUAGCUGGCUGAUUGUGCGUGAACGAAUGUCAAGUGAGUACAUUUGUACGGUAACGGAUCGACAAGACAUUGUCGGACGUCAUUUCCUGUCUCAAACGGCCAUGUUUGUUUUCAUCUCCUAUGAUGCUGCUAUCUGCAUUGCAUAUUUAUGGACCUAUGAACCUAUGCAUGUGCUAUACAGUAAGCACCUGUAGAGUACCGAGGGAGCAGGACGAACAAACUACGGCAGCGCGAACUCGCGAAACAGAUUCCUCCUUGCUGAUCCCUUUGCGGCUACACUACUUGUGAUAUGGUCAACGGUAAUAGCAGUGAAAGAAAACAGCGGCCUACCAUCCUUUAAAAAAGGACCCAAUGAACGUAUAUACACGUAUGUAUGUGCUUGUAUGCGUGAGCGGGUAAGCGCGAGCGUAUGUAUGUAUGUAUGUUUGUGUAGCUGUACAUAAUAACGAUUUAAACGGCAGCGAUUCGGCGUCGUUGAAACAAAAUCAGUGGUUACAAUAGAAAUAUGUAUUCAUUUAUGUCGUCUCGGCUGGAAACUAGAUUGUCGCAAUUGAGCGGGUUAAGCGGCACGAGCAGCCCUGGGCUUACCUAUAGGAACAUUUGGUCUCUUCUGGCUUUAAGAAACCCAGCCAUGGACGAAUGAAUGUACGAUUUUUGGUGUUUACACAGAAUAAUUUCUUGCUCGUAAUCGCUAGUUGUAUCAUUUGAAUGGCAAAAAACGUAGCAUUAGCCGAGCUGCAAUUUAUCGGGUUAAACUUCCUUGUGUUCAGGAUGAAUGAUCAUUUGAAACCAUCAAAGCUUCCCGCUGGUUCUUUGCGUGAAUGACGAUAUUAAUACGACAGCCAUCAUCUUCACAUAGUACAUAGGGCAGGAAACGACUUGUUUUGAAGUGCGCUUUGCCCCUAUUGGAAUGUAUAGGUUAUUCGCAGAAAACCAGCAAGGCUUUUAGACAAUUCGGGUUUGGCUGAAGUAUACCGUCAGGCACGAUAAGUCAGCUAACCCUAUACGGAUACGCAACUGGGUUACCGCAAAUGUUUGUCGCGAGACGAGGGCGCAACAUGGUGUGCAUUCCACUGGGCCAACAUCCACGUCAUCGAGAGCGGAUCACCUGACAAUAAGUUGUUUAUUGUACAGCAGCAACGAAAUCAUCAGACGACGAAUCAUGUGACCAUCAUACAGCGUUUGUCAAUGGCAAAGGACGAAAGAAAGCAAUGAAGACCUCUUUUUUAAACCACGAAAACUUGGCUCUGCUUAACUCGCAGUAUCUCUAUCGCUCGUUGUAUAGAAAUAAAUAGAUUCCAUUAGGGCGCGCACAGAGAUAUCAUUCCCUUAAAGAGCAUAGCAAAUGAGCAAUGAACAGGUGUUUCUUCUUUACCCAUCACUGAAAUCUUGAUUUGUGAAUAGGAUGCACUAACGAUAUACAAUGCUUCCAUAUGAUGAGACGAUGUCUUGUCACAAAGAUUAUCGAAAAGAUGACUUAUUUUGGCCGGAUGUGCAUUUGCUUCUGUGUAUAGAGCUACUACUAAUGAAUACUUUUAACAUAUAAAUAAUAUCGAUAAGGACCCAUAUGUUAGGAGUAAGCAAAAGCCUAUAUAUUUAGCAUGUUUUGGCAAGGAGCCAAAAACUAUGCGGCAAGUCGCUUAAGCUUCAUGUGUAGUGAUGGAAACAAUAUUGAGAAGAUCUUCGGCCUAUGUAUGCCUGAAGAGUAUAUAACUCUCGUUUGCUUAUUUUCACUAUAUCGGUGGACGACUAUAGUAAUAUAUUGUUGUGUGAGUUUAUUAAUGAAGAGAACGCAUCUACCAAAAAUAAAAUGUCAAUAAUAUGUCGCUGUUAUUUAAUGCUUUUAUUUAACUUAGCUGUAACAACUAGCUAACGUUACAUUAAUUUCGUGAGGAAAGGCCUGACCUUCGCCUAUCCAUUGAUGAGGUAGGUGCUUCGUCCUAUGCAUUGGGUCUGCACUUACCUGGAUGCUUCCGGUCGGCUGACAUGAAAUUAUCGUAAGUACUUCGAUACAUUCUAACCUGAAGGUACUAACUUGCAACCCGGCUAAGUGCUUUACGUUGACACGAUGUAGAACCGACCAUUCUAGCGUACAGAACCGUCACAAAGAAAUGCAGACUGUUGUCGGUCUUAGUCAAAUUACGGACUUCAAAGCUAUUCACCUUACGUUGUAGGGGAUUUUUGAAUUUAUCGUCUGGUGGUCAAAGAUUUAUAAGGCACACAAAUUUUAGAGAUGAUCAUGGUUGUCUGAUACAAUUCUUGCAAACACUCGAA